AUGGCGUUUCCACAGCCUAACGCUCAAAGAGAACUUACGAACAGAAAAAUAUUAGAAGAACUUCAAUUGAAGAAACAGAUGCUUUUGAAGCAAGGCGCCGUUGCACCGCUUACUGCUACAUCCAUAGCACUUACACAGCCAAAUCCUGUCAGUCAACUUCCCAUGUGUUCUAUUCCUCCUGUCUCAGCGACUGCUGGAUUCCCACAACUGCCGGAAGCAAAUAUAGUUAAUACAAGUCAUCGUGCAGCAUUACAACACGCCAAUGCUACAUCCUGUGGCUUUUUCGUAUCUCAAGACUCUUCUUUUGGUAACCAGAUAUUACCAGUACUUCCACGGUUUGAUAACAAGUAA